AUGCAAACCAUCGGCCAACAGACCGGUGGCUCCUCCCCCAGAGGAACCUUCCUCGGCUCCGGCCUCCUAAUCGGCGGCGUCAUCGCCGCAACCGCCAUCAACUCCUCCCUCUUCAACGUCGACGGAGGCCACCGCGCAAUCAAAUACACCCGCCUCGGCGGUAUCUCCGACAGAAUCUACGCCGAAGGCACACACAUCAUGCUCCCCUGGUUCGAAACACCCAUCACCUACGACGUCCGCGCCAAACCCCGGAAUGUCGCUUCGUUGACUGGAACGAAGGAUUUGCAGAUGGUUAAUAUCACGUGCCGUGUUCUUUCUCGUCCGGAUACGGGGGCGUUGCCGAUGAUUUAUAGGACGCUUGGGACGGAUUAUGAUGAGAGGGUUUUGCCGUCGUUGAUUAAUGAGGUGCUCAAGAGUGUUGUUGCGCAAUUCAACGCGAGUCAGCUCAUCACGCAGCGUGAGAAGGUCUCCCGUAUGGUCCGCGAGGCACUCAUUGUGAGGGCCGCUCGUUUCAAUAUUUUGUUGGACGACGUCUCCCUCACCCACGUCCAAUUCUCCCCCGAAUUCACCGCCGCGGUCGAAUCCAAACAAAUCGCGCAACAAGAAGCCCAGCGCGCUGCAUUCGUCGUCGACCGCGCACGACAGGACAAAGCUGCCGCAGUCGUCCGAGCUCAGGGUGAGGCGCAGAGUGCGGUGUUGAUUGGAGAAGCGAUUAAGAAUAAACCUGGGUUUGUAGAGUUGAGGAAGAUUCAGACUGCGAGGGAGAUUGCGCAGACGUUGAGUGAGGGGGGGAAUAGGAUUGUGCUUGAUAGUGGGAGUUUGAUGAUGAAUAUUGGGGCGGAGGUUAAUCAUGAGCCGACGAAGAAGAGGUAA